UAAGCUGGCAGUUCUGGUCUGGUCAUAGAAGAGUGAGGUGGUUUGUUAAGUAGGUUGGCAUGGCAGUCGCGUGGCAUCUAGCUGUCGGUAAAAACACUACACAUCCUUAGCGACUGAACAGCCGUUUGAAUAAAGGUGGAGGAGGCUACCAUUAACCAUGAACCACCGGAUGGAUUCCGGUCACGUGAACAUCGGAUUCUCUGCGAGUGAGGAGUUCGAUGGCAGCAUACACUUCGACACACAGCAUUACGAUGAAAUCGACUUGGGCGUUAAGGAGACAUCAGGUCAUGACCUGGGCAGGGCUGCAGAAGGCAGUGACGGCCGUGACGGCCCGGCUGAUAAACAACGCAGCAAUGCCGACGAGGACUCCGAAGCCAGGUGUGGGUGGUGCUUUUUCAGACCACUGUUCCUGCAGAGAUUUCGGACAGCCAAAUGGGUUCUCUUCUGGCUGUGCUGGGCGGGAGCUGUCCAAGGAAUGGUUGUGAACGGGUUUGUCAACGUGGUGAUCACAACAAUAGAGCGUCGGUUCGGGCUCCGGUCCUCGCAGUCGGGUCUGGUAGCCGGAGGCUAUGACAUCGCGUCCUUCCUGUGUCUCAUUCCUGUCACAUAUCUGGGAGGCCGUCCUGGAGCCAGCAAACCCCGCUGGCUUGGCUGGGGGAUCCUCGUCAUGGGGAUUGGAUCGCUCAUAUUCACGUUCCCUCACUUCGCCGUCGGUCCGUACCGCGGCGCCACACAUCAUGCCAGUACCUGCAACGUCAUCACAAACAGUUCCUCUGCAACGGGAGAAUGUGCCGACAGCCAGCAAGGAGCCGAACAUCAUGCAAGUUACAUGUGGCUAUUCCUAUUAGGGCAGCUGCUUCACGGCGCUGGGGCUUCGCCCCUAUACACACUGGGCGUCACAUUUAUAGACGAGAACGUCUCCAAAAAGAUGUCUUCCGUGUAUCUAGGGAUCUACUACACGACAGCCAUAGUUGGACCAGCACUCGGCUACGUUCUGGGAGGACAGUUGCUCGCAGUCUACACGGACUACCUCUCCGUAGACCCAACAGAACUGGGACUCACACCAAACAGCAAUGUGUGGGUUGGCGCCUGGUGGAUAGGCUUCCUGCUUGCCGCCAUCAUGUGUACAAUACUCGCUGUGCCACUGCUAGCAUUUCCCCCUGCGCUUCCAGGUGCGGCGGCGCUGCGAGCUGAGAGGGUGUCGGAGGCUCACGGGAACAGCAAGACUGAGGCCUUCACGAAGAUCAGGGAACUCCCUCGCGCGCUGGGCAGCCUCAUCGUCAAUCCAACCUUCUUCUUCCUGAACCUCGCGGGUGCGAGCGAGGGGCUCCUGAUCGCGGGGUUCGCUGCCUUCUUACCGAAACUAAUAGAGAACCAGUUCAGCGUGAAUGCGAGCUGGGCUGCUCUGCUUAUGGGUCUGGUGACAGUGCCUGCCGGAGGCGGCGGGACCUUCCUAGGAGGCUACCUGGUGAAACGCCUUAGUCUCCACUGCGCUGGAAUCAUCAAGUUCUGUGUGGUCGCCACUUUGAUUGGCGUCACUUUCACCACCUGCUUCUUCUUGUCUUGCCCUAACCUCGCGUUCGCCGGCGUAACGAAACCCUACAGGAACAGCAGCAGUAGUUCGAGGUAUUCCCUGGACAGCUCCUGCAACGCGGAUUGCGGAUGCAGUAGAACACAGUUUGACCCCAUCUGCGGACUAGAUGACGUCAUGUAUUAUUCUCCCUGUUACGCGGGUUGCACGCAAGAGAUAUCGCUUCGAGAUACAAAAGUGUAUACCAACUGCGCAUGCGUCAAUUCUACAGAUGGUAACCUGACUAAGUUUCUAGAAGAAGCAGAAGGCGAGUCAGCAUUGGUACAUAAUUUUGGAUCGUACCAGGCAAUGAACCAAAUGUGCGAAUCACAGUGCCCCUAUCUGUGGCCAUUUGUAGUCCUCGUCUUCCUAACUAUGUUCUUCACGUUCCUCAGCACAAUGCCGGCUUUAUCCGCAACUCUCAGGUGUGUACAGGAUGAUCAGCGAGCGUUCGCGCUGGGGAUCCAAUGGAUCAAGGUACGGUUGAUAGGGACGAUCCCAGCGCCAAUGGUGUUCGGAGCGCUGAUUGACGAGACUUGCAUCCUGUGGCAGGAAUCGUGUCACGAGGACGAAAAUGGCGCAUGCCUCGUAUACGACAACGAGUAUAUGAGCCGGUAUAUGUUAGCAUUGGCGUUCAUAGGAAAAGCAGCUUCGUUACUGUUUUUCUUCUUGGCUUGGUGGUUCUAUAUUCCGCCGUCUGGGUUUAAGGAGGCGCUGCAAGCAGCGACACCUACUUCACCUGACUUAACGGACGAUGGCGCUAGCAGUAUGCCAUCCAUUCUUAUGAAUGGACACGCGAAUCACGUAACAACAAUUUCUGGUGAUACUUGAGAUAAAUACAGCUCGAACAGCUUAUCUUAAACUAUAAGAAUUAUAUAUGUUCCAUUCCAUUGUACAGACGAAAGGAAGAUGCAUGGAGCAGACGUUUUUAUCAACAUAAAGGGAUAAAUCAGGAAGCUUGGAAAGUUAAUGAACCCAAUACGCGUGACGCUGUUAAUAUUUGUACAAUGGAUGUGUCUGUGUAAGCUACAUUUUAUGGGCGUCUGGCUGUUUCACUUCUGUAGUUAUGAAAAUAAAAA